AUGCAGAGUCAAGUACUGCUGAUGGAGAAGCUGCACCGAAAAAAAAAAGAAAAACUUGGAUUUCGUGAUAGGAAGAUUAUAGAAUAUGAGAAUCGGAUGCGAGCUUACUCUACUCCAGACAAAAUUUUUCGAUAUUUUGCAACUAUAAGAUUAUCUCAGGAAAGUGGUGCCGAAGUCUAUAUGACUCCUGAUGACUUUCUUAGAGCUAUUACACCAGGAAUGAAACAACCUGAUGGAUUAGGAUUAGAUCAGUACAAGAAAUAUGACCCAAAGGAUGUCAAAAUCAAUCUUGACUUGUCUUUAGAAGAAGAUAGCAUAUUCUAUAAGCUAGGUUCCGCUGGUCUGAUAACAUUUUCGGAUUACAUAUUUCUUUUAACAGUAUUAUCAACAUCACGCCGGCAUUUUGAAAUAGCUUUUCGUAUGUUUGAUAUAAAUGGUGAUGGUGAUGUUGACAGCGAUGAAUUUGUUCGAGUAGCUACCUUAGUCAGAAACCAAACCAGCAUUGGAACUAGACACAGAGACCAUGCAAAUACUGGAAACACAUUCAAGGGUGUAAAUUCAGCUUUAACUACAUAUUUCUUUGGAGAAAACUUGGAUCAAAAAUUGACUAUAGAAAAAUUCUUGAAUUUUCAACACGAUCUUCAAAAAGAAAUUUUAUAUUUGGAAUUUCUGCGCAAAGAUCCAGAAAAUGGAAAAAUUACGGAAUUGGAUUUUGCAGAACUUCUUCUUGCUUUUGCCGGUUAUACAGAGAAAAAGAAGGCCAGGAUGUUGAAGAGGGUUAAGAAAACAUUUCGAGGUGAUGAUAGUAUCGGUAUAUCUAAAGAAGAAUUUAUGGAUUUCUUCCAUUUUCUAAAUAAUAUAAAUGACGUCGACACCGCUCUAACAUUUUACCACAUUGCCGGCGCUUCGAUUGAUCAAGCCACAUUGAAACAUGUUGCAAAAACUGUAGCCAGAAUUAACCUCAGUGAUCAUAUAAUAAGAGUAGUCUUUACAAUAUUUGACGAAAACUGUGAUAAUCAAUUGAGCAAUAGAGAGUUCGUGUCGGUAAUGAAAAAUCGUUUACUGCGCGGUUUGGAAAAACCAAAAGAUACUGGUUUCCUAAAAUUAUUAUACUCUAUACUGAAAUGUGCAAAGGAAAGUAGACCCUCAUUUUUUGACUAAAUUUUAUAUUGCGUAUACAUUUUCCUAAUAAUUCUCUGUGUAUAUAUAUAAACUACUCUUUAAUCUCGAAGAUUUUACAGUUAAUGAUAUUUACUUUGUUAUUGAAGACGUAAAUUAUUUCUAUUGUUAUUAGCGAAUUUUAAAAAUAUACUGUUAAUAUUUGAUCAUUUACAUGUUGUACAGUAGAUUCGUAACUAUAUAUGUAAAUGUAUGUGAAUUGAAAAGAGACUUUUAAAUA